AUGGUUAAAGCAUAUUUAAGAUAUACUUUCGAAAAUGUAUGUGGUCUCGUUUCAGGUCAUUCAUCUAAUAUAAUAACUAAUGAUAAUUAUAUAUUCUCUGGUAAUAGUUAAUAUGUAACAAUAACUAAUAGUAAAACUGAGGAAAUCGUGAAAAUUUUAUUCGAUAAAGAUAAAAAUUCCGAAGUGACAUUUUUGGCAUUAUCAAAUAGUCUAAAUUAUUAAAAAAUACUAGCAGUUGGGUAUGUAGAUGGUGAUAUAUUAAUUUGGAAUUUAGAAGAUUAUUCUAUUAAAUGUAAUUUAAAUGCACAUAAAAAUAACAUUACUUGUAUUUAAUUUAAUGAUGAUUGUUCUUAAUUAAUAUCUGGAAGUGAUGAUACAUCUAUAAUUGUAUGGGAUUUAUUAGGAGAAUAAGCAUUAUAUAAAUUAACAGGACAUAAAAAUUCAAUAACAGAUUUAUUAUAUUAUAAAUAUAGAGAUAAUAAUACAAAUUAAAUAAACGAAUUUAUAUUAUCAACAUCAAAAGAUGGAUUAUUUAAAAUAUGGGAUAUGGCCAUCGCAUCUAGUGUUUAAACUAUUUCUUCUUUAAGUAAUUAAGUAUGGAAUAUGGCAUUAUAUAAAGAAGAAAAAAUUAUUUUAUUAGGAACUAAUAACGAUGAAGUUAUUGUAUUAAAAUUUAUAACAACAUAAAAUUCUUAAACUAAAUAAAAUAAAAUAGUAGAAAAUAUUGGAAUUUAUAAAAAAUAAUCUUUCGCUCAUCCAACAUAAAUGACCUUUACUAAUAAUAACCAAUACCUAUUUUUAUUAACUAAUGAAAAGACCCAUUGA